AUUGUAUCGGAUGUUUUUAAUCGCAAAUGUGAUGAUUCCAAUGGAAAGGACGCAGUACUUAAAUUUGAUAACGGUAUUAGAGGCAUUUUACAAUAUCAAACUAAUAUUGUUACAGUUUAUUAUGAAAACUCUGUUGAUAUUGACCAUAGAUGCUGGUCACAAUUUUUGAUGAUGGUUGCAACCACCUUCGAAACCACUUUGCUUCCUUUUUUAACCAUAG